GACUCACGGAUGCUCCAAAUAAAGUAUUUAUGUCUCAGCCUCAUGUUGUCUGCUUUCCGUCGGCUGAGGAAUGGGGCGAGAUGGUGGACUGUCGAGGGGAAAUAUAAGUGUAGGUCUUUGCCGCUAUGGCUUGCGUGGUGAUCGCGACCAAAAUUGAAGUAACUUAAUACUUGACCCCGCACUCCUCACACAAUGGAUCUCACAGAUUCAGCCAAAGCACCAAAACCAGAGGUUCACAAAACCGAGACCUCUCCAAACCCAACCUUCAACCCCGUCGAGCGAACCAACAAAUACCUCUGGUACCUCCGCUUCAUCCAGAUCAUAUUCGCCGUAACCAUCGUCGCUAUCGCCGGGUCCAACAUCUCAGACUGGCACAGCUACGGCUGUUCCUCCCCCUCAGGCCUAUCCUUCAACUUCGCCAUCGCCCUCCUCACCCUCCUCCUUACCCUCUACCUAGUCCUUAGCACCGGACCCUCCGCCAAAAUCCCCUGGUAUUCCUUCAUCGCGAUCCUCUCCCUCGAAAUCCUCUUCAUAAUCUUCUGGAUCGUAGCCGCUGCUCUAGCUGGCUAUGAUUGCACGUCCCUUUGCAAUGCCUGUUCGGCCAUCGACCAAGGAACCGGGUAUUAUGUCUGGGCGAAUGAUCUGAUUUGUUUCUGCUGGACGGACUACGAUAACGUUUCAUUCAAGAGGGAUUCGCCGGAGGCGAUUUUUAGGAGGGGAAGUAGGCCGGCUAGUAGUAGUGAUGCGGCGGCGGCGGGGAAGACGCUUGAGAAGGGCGUUAGUAAGGCGGCCAAGCAGGGGUUGGAUGCUGCUAUGAUACUACUCUUUAUCACGUCUUUGAUCACGCUUCUUCAAUUGAGGUAUUCGAAGAAAGGAACGGCGAAUGUGGAUCAUGAGGCUGAGCGUGUUGACCAACAUGUUGAGAACACAUUUAAGAUGGAAUUUGUUGGACCGAGUGCUGAAUAGGUAAGGGUAUUGACAGAGGAGUACAGGGUAGGUGUAUGGAUUGUCCUUAUCGGGGAUGGAGUUUAUCUUGGGGUUAAUAUUGGUAUGUGAGUAAUUUAAUAGCUAUUCGAAAACAGCUACUACUUUGUCAACGCUCUGAAUUUAGG